UCGGGUAAAUCAUUCUUCGAAUGUUGUUCAGUGUUUGCCGGGAGGUUUACACGUGAAGCGCUCAUUCGUUCGGUACCCGGCUCACUUUCUAAUCAAAACAUACACUCACAACUCGACAACUUCCAAAUUAAAACUCUUCCGUACGAAUAAUGGAAGUUUCCGGUAACUAGUUGUGAAACACGCCAAAGUUUCGUUUUCCCGGAAAGUUCGAAAGGUGAUUUGUUUUGAAUUCCGGGAAACCGGCAACUUCGCUUUUUAUACGGCUACCUUCUUUUAAAAUUUUCGUGAAUAACAUUAAACGAAACGAAGCCGUAUCGGGCGAAACAUGUGCGAGAUGUAUACGCUUCCGGUGGUAUACAGCGGGGAUGAAAGUGGUGAAGAAAAGAGUCUUUGGGACUCGAGCGAAAUCAUCGAAGACAAGGUCAUAUUGGAAACGGAAAUUACGCUGAGAAGCGGACCGAACAUUACGAUGAAAAUCCACGAGGAAAGCCGGCCCGGCAGCGGCAUCAGCAGGACAUUUGAAAGCGAAGAGGAUUCGAGGAAAAUCGGCGUCAUCAAGGUGCUGGAGACGGACAGCGAGAGUGAUUUCUACGAGGAGUGCCGAAAGAGUCCCAGAAAAGUUAGGUUCGGCGGCGAAUCGGUCAAAAUGCGGACUCCGGAAAGCGACAGCAGCAAUCCGGCGGAUGACGACGUUUCGUCAAUAAAAAUCACGGUCACGGACGCCGUCUCCGUUCGAACCCGAAGGAGUUUGAUACCGGUAAGGGUAGUCUCACUUCCGUCAACCCCUACAAAGGAAAUAGCGUCGAAGGCACGCGCGAAAUUGCACAAAUCGACUCCGAAUUUAGUCGGCAGAACUGGCGCGAGCCCUUCUCGGAUACCUAGAAGGAAACGCGCGCUGAAGGAGACAGAAAAUACCGAAAUUAGAGUAAAUUUUACGCACAAUGCGACAGAGGUCGCCAAAAUGAAGCCGGUCAAAGACCCGUCGUUUGAUGAUAAACCAACCAAACUCGCACUCCCCAAGGCCCGAGUUUUGAAACAAAGUAGGAUGAAUUCUUUGUCGCCGUCGCCUGUGCACAAUGAAAUCGAAGUUUUCCACAAUCUCACGCGCAGUCCCGAACGCGAGAAGAAAAUCGGCGGCGACUCUCCGAAAGAAUUAGAGCCAUCUUAUAGUUUCGGCGUGUUCGGGCAAAGCGGUGAUGAUAAAGUGGAGGAAACGCGAGAUGAAGUCGGCGCUUAUGACAGUUUUCAAGUCGUUCCCGUAGAAAAACAGGAGGAUGAGGUCGAGAAGCAAGAAUCGUCAUCGGUGGUAAUCGAAGAAAUCGUAGAUGAGCAACCGAGCGACGUCGUGCGAAACAACGACCUGCGAAAAUCGUUGUCUUCUUUUACUAGCGAGGACGAGAUUUGGGCGAAAUCUGAAGCGCUGGACGACUUGGUGAAGAUGCUUAAGGAGCCUGGGACGUGCGAAAGUCUCGAAGCAGGACCUGCGGCCCUUUUAUUCGAAGCACUAUUUGCCUGCCACCAUCGAGACAGGCUGCAUUCUUUAGCAGACGACGCUCUGAACAUCCUGGUGGACGGGGCAAGGUCGAAUGUGCUAGAAGGUUGCCUGCCUCGUCUAGCGUUGGGGUUUUGCAAAAUGGGGGCGCCCUCUGGGGUGCGCUUGGCCAUAGCAGCAAUGAAAAAAGUGUCGUCCAGGACAGUGCAAUCGGAAGUGCUCGAAAAGGGUAUGGGUCACCGAACCAGGGAAGGCGCUCUCCAGAUUUUGAUGGCCUGCGUCCGCCUCUUUCCCAGUUCCGAUGUCGACGUCGGUCGGAUCGCGGAACGUGCGUCGAUCGCACUGAAGGACAGAAGAAGAAAAGUGCGCCACGCCGCUUUGGAAGUUUUGGCGGCCAUUGCGCAGCUGACAUCAAGCUUCGACGUACUGCGCGCGGUCGUUGAAGCUACUCGGGAGUUUCCGGAUCACGAAGAUGUUGUUCGGGUCGUGAGGACUAGAUUGUCUAGAAAACAAUUGCCCACUGUUGAAAUGGAUGGAUCCGUAAGAUACGCAUCGCCGGUGGACCCUAUCGAGAUGGAAUGGUUAUCCGGAUCUUGUUUGAAACUCUCCAAUAAGGUUCAGUCUUCCACGCCCACUUCUUCCGCGUCUUCUGGCACCCCAUCAGUCAAUUAUUGGAUGCGUAAUUCGAGGCAUGCUGCCGACCACGCGUCAGACGACGGCCCCGUCAACGGCCGGACUCAGGUGUGGGCUCUGGAUCCGGUGUCUUUAUCGAAACAGGACCAACACCGGAAAGGACAAAACGGAGGCGUACUGCGUCCAGUAUAUAUCCUCCAACCCGAUGCUGUGGCCGCAGGAGGCAGGGGCCACAAAAAAUACGAUCGGGGUAGAUCGUUCUCCCCGCCCGGGUAUCAGAAAAAUGGCAACCACGCGCCCAAUAAUAACCAUCAUCGUCCCGGUCCGUUUCAGCAUCGCGCGCGCGCCGACGAUGAGAGAGAAAAUUUCUCCCAAAAGGAUCCCUUCAGGAAGAGCUUCUCGUCGGACCAACUGUAUUUCGACGAGAAAAGGGCGGCCAAGAGCGGCCGAGAUCCCCCCUACUCGUUUUCGUUGUCCAGCAAUUCGUCGACCACGUCCGCAGGUUCGUCUGCUAGAGGCGGGUACUGGCAUAGGGACUUCAGAUCAAGUAUACCCGUUCCUAUCACCUCGGAGAAGUUUAAGAUUCGGAGUCACCAUAAUUUGAAUCACACGAACCACAACGGUCCCCUGAUAGUGCGUAGUUGCACUUCCGAACUUUUCCGAAAUAAUAAUAUGCGCAACAGCGCGAAAGCAAACAAUCUUUGGGGUUUGAGGGACGAUGACGGGGGUUGUUUGGUCAAGUUUUGCGGUUUUGGGGGUUGGAAAUGUUGUCCCCCGUUGCGUAGGACAAGGAAAGUUGUCGAUAAGAAUUCGACGAGUGCUAAGAAAUCUACCCCCGUGUUGACGAUCACUUUACCGCCAGAGUUUCGAGAAAAAAAUGUGCUCAACAGUCCAGCUCAGCAGACGCCCACUACAACCAAACUGUCGCAUCGAGACGACAGCGACUCGGUCAGUCAGCUGUCGCUGCCGCCUCCCAGAUCUUCGGAGUCCGAGUCUUCCGGAUAUUUCACACCCCCUCCCGAUGCCCAACCCGCUUUCAUUAAAAUGGACACGGAGGAGAGGGUCAGUUCUGACGUCGACGAAGCCGUCAAUAACGAGUCUGAAGAUUGCGUCGAUUCGUACAUACGCCGAUCCAGUUCGGCGAAAACCCUCGUUGAAAACGACCAGAGAACACUAUCACCGAGCUCAGGCGAUAAAAUUCGCACUCCGCAGGAAGAAAUAGAUCGCCGCUCUUUAAAUCGAGUCGAAGAUACAUCUACCAGGAGCGAAACGCGGUUGUCCAAAUACGCAAUCCCCGUUUCUCCGACUGCGGUCCCUUCCGGAUCCGACCAGUCGUCGGCCGUCGAAGUCCGGAGGAAGAGCAAGUCUGUGAUAGAUCUACAAAACUUUCUUCCGGAAAUCACUUCGAUUAGGAAAACGGCCAAUUCCGCACCACCAAGAAACGAAGAGUCGGCUGUCGAUACGGAAAGUUACGAGGCGAGUGCUCAUUCAUCACCGGCGGUCGUCGUUCCAAUUAAUACGCUGGAGAUGUCAGUCACCGGCAGGCUAGAGAAGAGAUUCAGUCGCAACAACAGCAGGAAGUCGCUGAAAACGUCUCCCAAAACAUUGCCCGAUCAGGUUCAGGGCAGGUCAUCGAGCAAACCGAAGGAGACGCUUCAUCAGGCUCUAGCUCAAAUGGAAAACCCAGACUGGGAAACUACGAUCAAAGGACUGCAAAUGUUGACCAGGAUUGCGAGACAUAAUCCGGAAAUCGUCGAACAUCAGAUGCACGGCACCUGCGUAGUGCUGGCGAAGCAGAUCAGAAACUUGAGGUCUCAGGUAGCGAGAAACGCGUGUCACGCAGCCAGCGAAUUGUUUUUGAUGUGCAAAAGGGGUUUGGAUAUGGAACUGGACGAAAUCGCAGGACCACUACUCCAACGCACCGCGGACACAAACAAAUUCCUCCGGGCGGACGCGAACUCGGCUCUUGACGUCAUGUGCGAGCAUCUCCCCGUCAACCGUGCUAUCACUGUGCUGACCGGUCGUGGUUGCACGCACCAGAACGCUGUGGUCCGUGCCGCAUCGAUUCGGCUAUUGGCCGGUAUAGUUCAGAGGGUCGGACCCGAAAAGACGCUCCAAAUGCCCAAGGAGUUGCGGGACAGGGUGCUGUUGGCCGCUGCCAACUCGUUGGCCGACGGCAAUUUGGAAACCCGACGUCACGGGAAAACUUUGCUUGGCUGUCUGGUCGGUUGUCCGGGUUUUCAGAGGGCGUUGCAUGAGGCGGUGCCCCAGAAUACUUUGAGACACAUCGCCAAAACGCUGGCCUCGAUAAAGUGAACGCAGAAUCGCCGCCGAAGACAUUUUGUGACGUCAUCAGUCGGACGUUAACGCGCGGCCACAUUUUGCGAAAUUUUGGCCGCUUCGUUGGGGCCGACCAAAGACAAACCGAUCAUUUUUUCAUUUUUCCAUCAGGGAGGCAUAAUUUUACAAAUCCUCUUUAUUCUGUUUCAAGUUAUUCAUUAAGCUUCAAUAUUUAUUAAUAAUAUAAUAUAUACAGGGUGUUCCGAAACGAAUGCACCAAAUUUGUAAGGCAUAUUCUAUACACACACAAUUUUAUAUAUAUGCUUUAUAUAACUGUUUGAAAGAAGUUUACUAAAAAAAUACUUUUUUGAGAAAUUCAACACCCUGAAAGAAAGCGUUUUGGGGGUGUACGUUUAUAGAGCAAACAGGGCUUAUUUUCGACGAAGAAUUUGCCAUAAAUAUAUGGUGCAUUCAUGUCGGAACACCCAGUAUAAUCGUUAUUCAUGUUCUCUGUUUUCAGCAUUCAAGAAAAUCUUUAGCUAAAGGCAUAGUAUAUAUUACUAUAUAUUAAAUAUUUUUAUGAUUUCGCCUUGGUGACGUCACGGCAAAACAUUGCAACAAGCUUUAAGAAGUAAAAAUUAAACUUAACUGAACUACGAGGUUUGAGGCUGCAGAUGUUGUAAAAAGAAAAAUUGACUACAAAUUUUCUUUGGGACUUUGGGAAGACUUGGUUAAGUUUGCUUAUUUUUGCAACAUGUAGUAGACAUAUGCCCUACCUAAUAACAAAGACUGCAGUAAUAAAUUUGUGCCCGUAAAUAAACUUUACUGAUUCAAGUUCACAACAUACCGAAUAUUAUUUAACUUUCGAGCUUCCUCAACCACAGAAUACUUUUAACCCUUUCCAGUUAAUUUGGCUCAGCAGAACAGAAAAUUUUAAUUCACAUCUGACAUGUAUGGUGUUUCUUAAGAAGCUAAGCGUGCGUUUUUGAUUUACUUUAAGGCAAAAAGUGCGUACAAACAGAUCUGUUUUUCAAGAUACAGGGUGUAACCAAAAAUACAAGUUUCUUGUCUGCCGAUCGAUACUACGCUCGAACAUUUUUUGUAUAAAAUAUAUUUAAUAUUAAAUUAAUAAUUUUAAUCUAGCUGGAGCUGGAUUAGUCUAUAUUAAUACCGCCAACACCACCAUCCAAUUUGAACAAACUCGGUUUGAAAUAGUAACAAAAAAAACGAUUUUUGAGAUCACUCCGUGUCUUUGAAAGGCCGCAUUGUUUUUGUCUGAAAAUAACGAAAAAAUCGUUUGGUUGCUUUCAUCAGUUUUGGUCAGUUAGAUCUAAAUAUUAAACAUCCCAGUUGACGCAAUAUAUUAUUAUUAUAUUAGCUAGACAUAGGAAAUCGAUCCCAAAUGGGUUGUUUACUGUUCUACUGUAAACUAUCAACGUCGAGAUUGUAGUAUCACGUCAAUGUUCACUACACAGUUUUAUUGUAUUAUUUAUUACACACCAAACCAUUAUUGUAUCUUCCGAAAUUCUAUUAUACGAUUG